AUGACGUCCACACUCUCUACCCAGAAUGCGGACCACCUCCAAACUCGAGUCAUGCAAGCGUCUGACCAUGUACAACUCGCCGAACCUGCCGACGUCAGCCUCCAUGACGAGCCUACUGUGCACCAUUUCCCUAAUGGGAAUUUUGACUAUCGUCCUCUCGAAGGCACUCCCCCAUGCGUGGUGAACAUCCGCCUCGCUCACGAGUCCAGCGAGACGAAGACCCCGAGCUAUAUCGGCUCCAAGAACCUUCGGCGUGCCUCUUCUCGUCAUAUCGACCAAAACCGCCGUGUUUUUGGAUAUCCCCUGGAUUACGAACUGACGUAUCAGAGGGGUAGAGGGGCAGAGGGAUACGCGUUGGACAAGCUCGGACGAGCCAACUCGACGCUUCGGUUCAUGAACAUUCUAGAAAAGUUCUGCGGUCUAAACUUGGAGCGCGAUAUCAACAUGGUUAACAUGGCGAACGGAAUGACCGCGUUAUGCGUCACCGUCGCGCAGAAUCAGGCGCAUGGCAUAUGCGGGGCGAGGUCCAAUCCCGGUGCGGACAAUUUUGGGUCAGAAAGUGGUUCCAUGUUUGAUCAUGGUGCGUACAUUUUCGGUCUCCCAAGUACCCCACGUCCGAUCCCAAACGAGACAAAAGUGGCAUAUGCCAUGCGCCUGCAGAAUCUCACUCCGGAGACGAUGAAGGUGGACAAGGAUAAGCUGGAGAAGCUCAAGCGGUUUUUAGGUGCCACUGAGGAACCGCGGUGGUAUAAGUUUACGUGGGAGUUUUAUCACGGUGCAGAUGAGGAUCAAAUUCGAUAA